AUGAGCGUGGAGUUAAGAAAACGAAACCCUCACAACCACCGCGAGUCGCACCCUUGCGCUAGGGUUUCUGAGAAAACUUUGGCUACUAAAACUGAAAAGAGGAACUCCACUAUUGUUGGGUCAUCAUCUGGAUUGACCGAGAAAAAGAAAGCAGCAACCAUCAUGGACAUCCGUGACUCCCCGCCCAAGGAAUACUGCAGCACGAAAUCACAGCAGGUUGGCCUCGCGGAAACCCUAGUCGCAGGUUGCGGAACUCAGCCUUGUGGAGACUCCUUUCCUGCGACCUGCAAGACCAAUGUUGAUGUCGCGAUACUUGAGUUACCUGAACAGGGAAUUCAUGCCACUUCCAUCGAGCAGCAUGAUCCUCCACAAGCAGUAACAUGCUCUCUUGAGAAGCCUCAAACUGAUCCUAUUUUGGGCAAACAAAACCAUGCGGCGGCAACAGAAAAUCGGUUUGCUUUGUUGAACACAAGUGAUGAAGCUGAUUGUGAAGAUCAUGAGGAUGAAGAAGAGGAUCACGUUGAAGAAGUUUAUGUAGAGCAGUUGGAUUCUAUAACCUCUGCUGAGACUGAUGAUGUUAGACGAGAGAUUGGUUUUGAAUUUUCUUUUUCUUCUGAGAAUAGCAAAAUUUGGGUGUUUAGUAGGCAUGGGUUUAUGCUUACUUUGUUGGAGGAUUUGGAACAAGUCCUCCAUUUUGAAUUUACUAAUGCUAUGGUGAAUGAAACUUUUUAUUUUUCAGCUGUGUAUGCUAAAUCAACUAGGAUGGAGCGUCGUGCAUUGUGGCAACAUAUGACUACUUUUAGACAGCUUCAUCCGUCAGCCCAUUGGAUGAUUGGUGGCGACUUUAAUGUCAUUCGCUCUUUGGAUGAAUAUUCUGGAUCUUCAGUUCAAGACUUGGCAGCUAUAUCAGAUUUUAAUGAUUGCGUUCAGGGUUAUGAUCUUGAUGAUAUUUAG